AUGGAUGCGUUUACGUGUGGGUGGGAAGACUCGGGAGCGAUGGAUACGAACACCUCAAUAGAUACUUCCCCUUCCCUCCCAGCCAUGAGAGAAAUCCCACGGCUUCUUCAUUGCGCAGACAUACCAGCGAUGCUUGCCCAAGCUAGGUUUGCCACGAGCGUAACCAAGGAAAACGAGCAGCUUCUUCGAUCGUUCCACCCCUCGUUAGAAGUUUUCGAGACGGUCCUCGUUAUGGCCACCGAUGCAGGUGAUGUUUGGGCUGUGCAUAACGGCACUAAUGAUGAGGAACGGGCAAUAGAUACCCACGUUGGAGGAAGAGAGGUUCACAUCUACCCCUACCACGAAUUCCCAUAUCCACGAAGCACGUAUGUUGGCAUUCCUUUCUGUGAUUGUCCCUUAGCCAGACAUAUCAAUCCUCGUCGCCUCCUAAGGCCUGAAGACCUUCGUGUACUUCGAGAGUUUUGGCCGACGUCAGUGGGAGUGCGUGUCCUGAUAUCUGGGUGGGUGAUUAUCUUAUUUUCCAGCAAAAGCGACAUGGAGGCAGAAUGGGUUUCAAAAAUGUGUGACAAUAUCGGGGGCCAAAGGGUAGGAUAUGAUGUCGUUAGAUGCGACCUGACACUCCGCCCCGUUCCAUCUGCUUCAGCGGUUGCAAGCCGUUCAGGGGAUUUCAAUGCUCGAGCUUCCCUCGGUCUACGUCUUCGAAUGCGUGAAGAAGACGUCAUUACCACGGUUACGCAUGGAUUUGUGGAAGCCUAUACUCCAAACUCACAUUUCGACUAUUUAAAAAUGCAAUGCUCGGGCUGGUACCUUUCUGUUCGCUCGGCACUAGAAUGGUUUCGCUUGCCCUGGCCAUCUUCCACUACCCCCGGCGUUCUAGAACCAUGCGACGAAUAUCACGGACACGGCACCACAACAGACAACAGCCCCAUAGGUCGUCAGGCAUGGAUUGCCGGUACUGACAUAAGGGUUGGAACGAUUUCCAAAUCCUAUGAUCCGGCCCCAUCUCGACACCUACCCUAUCCAAUGGGUUAUCGUCAUGACUUAUGUCUCAUUACCUCGAAUAAUCUCCCCAACGUUACUUAUUCGCCUAAUGCACCGCCUAUUGCGGGUUGGGGUUCUUACUCAGACGCCUUGGACGGCGCUCCCUUGUUUGUUUGCCGCGUUAACCCCAUCACUGGAAUAUGGACUAGUCUAGAGGGUUGCGGAAUAUCUGUAGAGGCACACGCUGCCCUUGCCCAGGGUGCUGAGUACUACUGGGAUAGGGAGACAGAAACCCAGACAGCUUCUUUACUUUGGCGUACUACGCACGAUCAAACUCCUGCCGCUGGUUAUUCUGGGUCUGUGCUUUGUCUAGGGCGACUCACAGAUUCUACUUCCAAAGCUCUCCUAUUCCAGAACUAUGAAUCGGGCCGUAGACCAAAGAGCCGUGUCAAUCCGUUUUCCGAACUGGUGACAUACCCAGAGAGGGCCACAUAUAAGGGAGGAUUUAUACUCCCCAAAGAAAUACGGCAAGCCGACAUUAUCAUGGAAACCAAUCACUAUGCUCGAGGCUUUGGAUCUAACUCUGUACCAUAA